ACUAAUUACUCGUCGUCGAUCCAAGUUUGAACUUCCACCAAGUCCAAAAUCAGGAUCGGCUCGCCAUUUGCAACCGCAGCUGCCGCCGCUCCUCCUUUUCUUCGCUGAUUCUUUCCUCAUCGGAAUUUCGCCGACAAGUGGCAAACAACCUUUCUCCCGACUGCCGCACCUCUUUCUGAAUAAAAAUUGGUUAAUCGCUUCGUCGGAUCCAAGGCGGAUUGUCUUCUCAUCGCGAUGGAUCAGUCCUCUGAUUGUCCAAUCACGAGCUUUCCGGUUCAACCAGUUGGUAACAAUGGAACUGAACCCUCUCAGGAACUGUGCCAAAUUGAAGAGGGUCUGUUCUUGGGUUCAAUUACGGAAGCAACUAUGAAGGAUGCACUCAAACAAGCCAAUGUAACUCACAUUUUAACCAUCGCCAGCUUCCUUCCAUCGUUUCCAGAAGAUUUUCAGUACAAGGUCGUCAAUAUUUCGGACAGCCUAAAUACCAACAUUGCUCAGCACUUUGAUGAAUGUUUCGAUUUCAUCGAUGAAUCUAAACGAAUUGGUGGUGGUGUGCUCGUACAUUGCUUCAUGGGAGUUUCCAGAAGUGUGACUAUUGUUGCUGCCUACCUGAUAAAGAAGCGGCAUAUGAGCUUAUCCCAAGCCUUGCGACAUGUUCAGAGUAGGCGCCCUCAGGCUUCUCCCAAUCCCGGAUUCAUAUCACAGCUGCGGUAUUUUGAACAGAAACUUAAAGAAGGUGAGAACGCAAAGGGGCAGAGGAUCUAGAUAGUGGCUUUGGAAAGAAACCGGCAUACCAAUUGUUCUGUAGGAGCAGGCGUUACAUCUGUGUUCCUGAGAUUUAUGUCUCGUUCAUCAAGAAGCGAGCCGAGAGGUCUUUCUGCUCAUUUGCUGCUGAGUUCUUGUUGAGGUUUCCGGACUUUUUUGUCUUCCAAAUGUGUAACAAUGUGAUCUUGAAAUUGUACAAGGCUGAAGUGUAUUUAUUUCCACUAUUUUAUCAAUCAGUUCCACCCAAAAUUUUAAAUAAUAUAUAGGAUAUUAUAUGGAU